AUGCCCAUUCGACCAUUCAGUCUCCCGCCAAACCCAUCGCUGGUGGCCGUCGUAGUCAUCAUCCGAACGCGAUCUGGUCCGCGACUCGUCUUUCACUAUCCCGGUAUCCCUGAAGCUAUCCAGCGCAACACAUCAUGGCAUUUUGGAUCUGCCAACAGCGAUUCGGAGGAUGGAGGCAGCUCGUCGGAAGACGACCAGACAGUAGCUUCGGAUGACGAGAGCACGACAUCUUCGCGACAGACGGCAAGACCUAGCAUCGCAUCGCAGAGCCGUGCUGCCGAGACCAUCUCUUCCAGAAGGACUACUCGCACACUGCACUCAGACGCCCCAGACAACGAUGAAGACGACGACGAUAUCGACAACUUGGACGUCGAUGUGCUGGAUUUGAACUCUUCUCCUGCCGACAAGCCCGCGCCCGCCAUAUUGACUAAUAAUGCCUCUCACGACCGAACGACCAGUGCCACGCGACACGAGAAUAUCACGAACGAUAAGCGGAAUGCUUGCGAGUGGGAGAAGCUGUUGGGAUACCCUGUUGAAGGGCUGGAGAUGAUGCUGUCGCCUCCGUCGAGCAUGCACAAGAAGCGUUUCGAGGUCAUGCUGGACGACCUGGUCUUCCUUGGAUACCCCGUUUUUGUGCGCGAUGACGGCACCUGGAAGAAAAAGAAGACCAAGAGGAGGGCCACAACACAGGACGGAAAAAGCAGCGAGGGAGGCGACGAAGCCGAAGACGACAAUGAUGCAAAUGACAGCGGCAGCGACAAUGAGAACGACGAGGAGGAGGGAGAAGGCACUGCUGGUGAUGACAUGUUCAGUCCGCCUCUUUCGCCUUUAACACCUCGUCGACCACCUCAGAAUGGAGAGCUGCCUCACAGCUACAAGUCUGAAGCCACCAUGUCCGAAAACGCCUCCGAGACUGGCAGUGCCAACAGUAAUCAGGAUGACAUGACCAUGUUCCACGUCGUCUUUGUCAUGAAUCCNCCCGCUCUAGAAUAUCACAUCCGUCUGCAAGAAAUGUACGACAAUGUCGUCAAGAAGUUUGCAAAAGCCCUUCGAUACGAACAAGCGCGCUCGAAUGCCGUCUACCAGGAUGCCAAGAAGAUGCAGUCUCUAAAGGCACAAGCAAAGGAAAGUAAAACACCCAUGUCUGUGCUAUGGCCGAACUUGAUCUCUAGCUGCUCGUUGGCAAAGGCGGUCGCGAUUCUGUAUACCAGUAUUGCGAGCAACAAGAUUGCGCAUAUCAGUAUUGGUGAGGGAGUUGAAGCGAGCAUACAGAUUCCACAGGCUAUAUCAACGCCCUAUGUGCCCACGCCUACAGAGCCACAGUUACCCGGCUUAUGGCUCACCACUGCCAACAGUCUAUCUGAUGACGGGCAGAGUCUGAGUCCACAUGCAGCUCUUCUCUUGCUCGAAGACAAAGAUAUCAUGCUCAAAGAUAUCGAAGGUGAUGGCAAAGAAUUGGGCUCNCCCCUCGCCAUUUUCAUCCGCGAACUCACGCCCACAAAGUCGUUGACCAAGCUCUCUGCCGCACUGUCAUUACCGCUAUCCGACGUACAAUUCCUCGCCCGCCAUCUCAUAUACUGGCGCCGCGCUAGAGCAAUCCCUCCCCUUCACAUCCGCGAUACCUAUAUUGUGUCUCCCAACUGCGAUAUGCGUCAACUUGCCAAAGCCAUGCCGCUAUACGCCCAAAGAUUUUCUGCUCUCCCCUCCCUGCCCAAGAUGCUGCAGAAUCUGAGUGGCAAGCCUAUACAGUAUGGCUUUCUGAUCCCGAGCAAGGACCACAAACCCGCUUAUAUGGACAUCUUGGCUUGGCUGCUGAGAGGGGGUUGGGUAACGCAGCUGAGAACUUUUGCUUGGGUCAAGGUGUCGCCUGCGGUCAAAGCCGCUGUGGCAGUGAAACUCAGACAGGAGUUCGAAGAUAGAAUGCUCAAGCGACCGCCUUCUUUUAUUGCCAACAAAGCUUCCACGGCGGUAAACUCAAGAGUCAGCAGCACAAGUGCGGACACCAGACGCAUCUCUGAAGACCCUUUCGACGCCGUCUCCGAGGUCGCGAGCAGCAGAUUGAGUAUCGCGAGUUCUGCACAAUUGCUCUCACCCACAAUCAGCAGAUCAGCCAGUGACGCGGGAAGCAAUGGCAGCGGCAGAACUGCCAUUCCACCUCCNCCAGCUGGACCCCAACGCGCAGACACAUCUCCCAAUCUCCACGCGAGUAGAGACUUGGCACCAUCACCUCCCUCCAUACUUUCCGAUCGUAGUGUCUCUGGCCAUGAAGACGAUGCCUCGACGAUUGCUUCUGCGGCACUGCCAUCGACGGAUGCGAGCACGUAUCAGCAAACUCUGGUGUUGAGUCCGCAUAAAGCGAGUACAGAGGAAAGUCGCUGGUUAGUGUAUAUUGGCGAGCACCUUGCGGAUGAGGAAGUGAGGGAGUAUUGGGGUGUGUUGGUCAAGCAUUUUGAUGGCAAGAGGGCGAUGGAAGAGAUUGCGGCUAGGGAGGGCCUGAAGAGGAGUAAAGUGCAGGGCUUGCUGCAGAAGUUGGAGACCGAGGGGGUGUUGUAUGUGGUUAGGCAUUGGUAG